CCCCGGCGCGAAAGCGUGUCGUGGGCCACACCUCCAGCGGUUCUUGGGCUGGCGGCUUGGGAGUUUACUUAGCAUGGAUCUCACGUGUGAGGAGAGGUCUGCAGACGAUGGAAGCGACGAGGACUCCGACUCCACUGAAGCUCCAGCUCGGAUCCGGGACACGCCGGAAGACAUCGUGCUGGAAGCGCCGGCCAGUGGCCUGGCGUUCCAUCCGAUCCGAGACCUGCUGGCGGCAGGGGACGUAGACGGGGACGUGUUCGUCUUUUCCUACUCGUGUCAAGAAGGAGAAACCAAGGAGGUCUGGUCCUCAGGUCACCACCUCAAGUCCUGCCGAGCCGUGGUCUUCUCUGAAGAUGGGCUGAAACUUGUUACUGUCUCCAAGGACAAAGCAAUCCAUUUUCUAAAUGUGGAGCAAGGCCAAUUGGAAAGACGAAUUUCCAAGGCUCAUGGUGCUCCCAUCAACAGUCUGCUGCUGGUAGAUGAGAAUGUUCUGGCCACUGGGGAUGACACAGGUGGUCUCCGGCUCUGGGACCAGCGGAAGGAGGGCCCUUUAAUGGAUAUGAGGCAGCAUGAAGAGUACAUUGCUGACAUGGCUCUGGACCCAGACAAAAAGCUGCUGCUGACAGCCAGUGGGGAUGGUUGCCUUGGUGUCUUCAACAUCAAGAGAUGCAGGUUCGAGCUACUUUCAGAGCCUCAGCCAGGAGACCUGACCUCUAUCACCCUCAUGAAAUGUGGAAAGAAGGUGGCCUGUGGCUCUAGUGAAGGUACCAUCUACCUGUUUAACUGGAAUGGUUUUGGGGCCACAAGUGACCGUUUUGCCCUGAGAGCUGAGUCCAUUGACUGCAUGAUACCAGUCACUGAGAGUCUAUUGUGCACUGGCUCCACCGAUGGAAUCAUCAGGGCUGUGAACAUCCUGCCAAAUCGAGUGGUAGGCACUGUGGGCCAGCAUGCUGGGGAGCCUGUGGAGGAGCUGGCUCUCUCCCACUGCGGUCGCUUCCUGGCCAGCAGUGGCCAUGACCAGCACCUUAAGUUUUGGGAUAUGGCUCAGCUGCGAACUGUGGUGGUGAAUGACUACCGUCGACGCAAGAAAAAGGGAGGGUCUCUGCGUGCUCUGAACAGCAAGGCCUGGAGCACUGAUGACUUCUUCGCAGGGCUGAGGGAAGAUGGAGAGGAUUCUAAAGAACCACAGGAAGAGAGUGAGGAUGACAGUGACUGAAGAGACGGAUGAGCAGAAUCUUCAGGACAGGUCUUCAUGGAGCAACAGUUUUGUUUCCUGGGAUGGAUCCCCAAAGAGGACUUGCGUAUGCUAAGCUAAGCCCUUAAAUCUUACUGUUGAACUACACCUCCAGCCCUAAGAUAAAUUUACAUGCCACAGGAGAGCAUUAUAAAGAGUUAUACACACUCAGGGCACUGAAGUGGGGAGGUAUGUUUGGUAGUAGCUGCUUACUAUCGAUGUAAAACCUUCAGCUGUGGCAAGACAGCACAGACACAUAUGUGUACUAACCAGGGGUUUAAUAUAAAUACAACCAGCAUAGAAAAAACCAAAUAAACCAAAACCAUGACAAGUGGUGGAAAUGAAGGACAGAAUUUCACCUUUUGGCUCAGCCAGUCCUCAAUUAUAAAAACAAAGAAAUAAAGAUUCAUGCUAAACUUCUGUGUGUCUCACAAGGUCAAGUCAGACCCUAGGUUCAGAGGGAGAGAGCAAGCUUCCGUGCCACAACUUAAGACCUGAGCAGCCCCCAGGUGCAGUGGGGCCCUGCCCCAGCAGAGAGGCUGUUGGAAGGCCCAUGUCCCUCCCCACUU